AGAGGACAAUUAGGGCGUGGAAGAGCGCCCAGAGCUGCUCUACUGGGCCUGCCUGCUAGGAAGGAGACGGGGAAGGCGAUAAUUAGGUCCCUAAUCAUUACAAAGCCGAAGCGCGAGCCUUGAUCGAUGUUUCUUUUGUUUCCUCUGCUUCCAGUACAUUUUUCGUCUUCUUUCCCAAAUAUUGCCCUUUCUUGUACACACAAAAUCAGCAGAAUGAGCUUUUCGACAGUCAAUUCCAGUCGUCUCCUGCGCAGAGAGGAGCUGUUCCUAUGAUCUCGUCGCAGGUCCGGUGGGAAAGUACUGGGCCGUCAGUGGAGAGCAGCAGCAGCACUAGCAGCACUAGCAGCACCAGCAAGGCCAGCAUUGACGACGUUCUGCUGAUGCGCAAGCAGCAGAUGGCUCAGGGUGGCGUGAGCACGAUACAGCGCAUGGCAGGAGAAAAGCGCGCAGGCACGCAGCAACAGCAGCAACAGAAGCAACAGCAGCAACAGCAGUGGGCGGCAGAGACGCAGCGGGCACCAGCGUCGACGGGGAUUCUGACACCAGCGGAGGAAAGGCAGCUGGGCACAAUGCGGAUCGCCCAGGCGGAGAUUAAGGAGCAGUUGCAAGGGGUGCUCCGUCAGUUCGAUGCGCCGAUCCGGUAUGCGUUUGCGUAUGGCUCGGGGGUGUACAAGCAGGCAGGAUACAGCGGGCAGAGCAAGCCGAUGAUUGAUCUGGUGUUUGCGGUGAGCCACCCGGACCACUGGCAUGCGCUGAACAUUGCACAGAACCGGUCGCACUACUCGUUCAUGGGCUCGCUGGGUGCCGACGCAGUGACAUUCGUGCAGAGCCAGAUGGGCGCCGGGGUGUACUACAAUCCGUUUGUGGAGAUCAACGGCGUGGUGAUCAAGUACGGCGUGGUGUCGAUGGACACGCUGAGCAGCGACCUGCUGAACUGGGAUUCGCUGUACCUGGCCGGGCGCAUGCACAAGCCGACUCUGACGCUGCGGCGGGACCCGCUGAUGCGGAUCUCGAAGCAGGUGAAUCUGACGCACGCAAUGCGGGCGGCGCUGCUGAUGCUGCCCAAGAACUUCUCGUCGCGCGAGCUGUUCCACGCAAUCGCAUCGCUCUCGUUCUCGGGGGACUUCCGCAUGCGCGUGGGCGGCGAGAACCCAAACAAGGUCGGCAAUAUUGUCGAUGCGCAGCUGCCGCUGUUCAAGUCGCGGUACGCCAGCAUCAUCGAGGGCCUGCCGAACCUCGAGUUCAUCGGGCAGGAUCUGCUGCAGCAGGACAUGGGUCCCAGUGCGCGUGCGGCUAUGGUGCGCAAGAUGCCGAACCGGUUCUAUGCUGGGCUGGUGCGCCAGGGGAAGAAGGCCGGAGUCAGGCUGCCGCCGGGCUUUGGCGCCGAGGUCGUCAACACGGAGAAGCUGGUGGCAGUCGACCAGAUCGCUGGUAUCGCAAAGAAGGCUGUCGAGGGCAUUGUGGCGAGGCCGGCGCUGACGCAGUCGCUCAAGGGCGUGCUGUCGUCGGGCGUGGCCAAGUCGCUGACGUACAUGCAGGCCAAGAACGAAAAGUCCAAACAGGCAUAGAGCGGAACAUACGUGUGUAAUUGAGACAAAAAUAAAAAGAGA